AUGAGCCCUGCCGCAGAUACCAGUGAAGCUCCGUCACAGCGGAAGAUGGCCGAACGUGGGGUUGAACACGGCACCAAUGGGAGCUUGAAGGUUGAGAAACAAUCGUUGUCCCAUUCACUUGAGGGGAAACACAGUCGACCAGAUACUCCUGUGGCACAGUCUAACGGCGAGGCUGACCAACGCCUAAUCAAUGGAGACAAUGGCACAAAUGGGCAACGGAAACACGAUACGACUUCGGAAUGGCACCUUGCCAACGGGGGACAUAAAAUGGUGGACGUGGAACGCGACCAGGGACUGGGCAUCCUAGUCGAGCAUUUACCGAACAACGGGGAUAAUCUUGGCCAGUUGUCGGUAGUGGAUGUGUACGAUGGCCCCAAGGCUAAGGCUGCUUUGGCUGAGUUGUCUAAUGAUCUGUCUCACCGACUACCAGAGGACAAAGACAAGGUUAUGAAGUUGUCUCCUGAGAAGAUUCAGGCGCUCACGUCCUCACCAGAGUCCAUACCUUACCAUCCCAUGAGUCCAGAAACGAACAACGGAAGGCGAGUAGUCUCGGACAACGCCCAUGGGAAUGCUCCUCUCGCACGACCGGAGAUACCGGAGUUUGUGCUUCAGUCGCUGAGCGAAAAGCCAUCGCCCGCGGAUGUUUUGCCAAAGUUACGGCCCACUAAAGAAGUGUUGCUGGGAGAUGCUUCUGCGCCAGCGAGUCCUGCCUUCCCACGUAAUACUCAAAAUUCCCCUCUCCGGAAUCGGCCGCAGCCAGCACGAACAGUUUCUACCCCUAGCUCCACGCGGCGUCAAUUGCCUCCUACCCCAGGUAAUGACCGCCUAACCCAGACAUGGGCGUCGCGCUCGAAACAGGACCGACCCGCGCUGGAACGCGAUUUGAAGAGCCACCUUUUAGCAUCACCUCAGAUUAUAGAAUCGCCCAUACCCUCACCCUUGCCAUCAUCUAUCCCUUUGCCGCCAGUUUCUCUGCCAACCUAUCUCCAGCUUGAGCUUGCUUCUGGGCGACCUUCACCACUGUACAUCCACCGUGACGCAGCCAAUGACUUUCCCUAUGAAUCAUCACGAGUUAAGAUCGAGAGGCUUAUGAACUUUAUUAUGCUUGCGCCUAUGCUCGAGCAGGUACUUUGCUUUGGGAGUCUUGCUUGCCUUGAUGCAUGGCUGUACUCUUUCACGAUAAUGCCACUGCGAUUUAUCAAGGCUGUCUAUAUCCUGGGCGAGUCAUGGGUGAUGAACUUGGGAGCUGAGAUCCGUUUCAUUUGGAAAUUUGUGCUGAAUGGGAUUGGUCGAGUAUGGCGCAGGAGGAAUCAUAAUGCGAAGGAGGACCAGCGUGCAAGACGCGAAAGCGAACCCGACGCCACUCCUCACCUGCCCCCAGGAUCCUCUGUGGGGCCAGAUAUUGCACCAAGAAGGAAACAUCGGUUCUCCGAAUCCCGCAAACAUCACCAUCGGCGAAAGAAGUCGAGGCCCUCGGCGCUACUUCCAGACGACAAAGCAGACAUCUUGACAGGCUUGCUGAUGAUAGCCACCUGCUGUGUUUUGAUGUACUUCGAUGCAAGUCGUAUGUAUCACUGGAUUCGUGGACAGGCUGCUAUCAAGCUAUACGUUAUCUACAAUGUGUUGGAGGUCAGCGACAGGCUCUUAGCUGCCAUAGGUCAAGAUGUCCUCGAGUGUCUCUUCUCGCGGGAGGCUCUUGAGCGUCGUCCGGACGGCCGAAGCAAGAUCAUCCGUCCAUUCUGGUUGUUUCUGGUGGCGCUGGUUUACACAGUAUCCCAUUCAUUGUCUCUGUUCUACCAGGUCAUGACUCUGAAUGUGGCAGUGAACUCAUACUCCAACGCACUGAUUACGCUACUUCUAUCAAACCAGUUUGUGGAAAUUAAAUCCACCGUUUUCCGCAAGUUCGAGAAAGAGAACCUCUUCCAGCUUACCUGUGCGGACGUCGUGGAACGGUUCCAGCUAUGGCUGAUGCUUACUAUCAUCGCUUCGCGUAAUAUCGUGGAGACAGGCGCAUUCAAUUUCGUCGGCAACCUCGGGCUGGGAUCUAGCUUCACUGCGCAGUCCUCCACAAUUACCAACAGCACACCACUAUCCACGCCUCCACGCACAUCAUCAUCCAUCCUGCCUCAAGCAUUCACCCUCUUCCCAUCCUCAAUCCUAUCAUCCUUCCACAGCGUCAACUCCUUCAUCCCGACCUUAGCCCAGGUUCUCGGCCCAUUCCUAGUCGUACUAGGCUCGGAGAUGCUAGUAGACUGGCUCAAGCACGCCUACAUCAACAAAUUCAACAACAACCGCCCAGCCAUCUACGGCCGCUUCCUCGACGUGCUAGCCAAGGACUACUACACCAACGCCUUCGGCGAACAAAACCUAACCCGUCGCAUCGGCCUCCCAGUCAUCCCUCUCUCUUGUCUCUUCUUCCGUAUCUCCGUGCAGACCUACCAAAUGUUCCUAGCCGCCCUACUCCCCCAACACCCUUCCUCGACAGCAAUAGGCGCAACCUCCCUAACCUCAAUCCACAAUCACUACGCCCCCUCCCCGAUUCCCUCCGCCCCACCCUUGACACUCGCAACCCUUCUCCCGGCCUCCGCCGCCCACGUGAGCGCGUUCUUCCGCACCCUCCUCGAAAAUGCCAUCCCGUCCCCGGCCCAGUCUGUCCAUAUCUUCACGGGCAUCCUGCUACUGACAGGAUUCAUCGUCCUGCUCAUCCUGAAACUCCUGUUGGGCAUGGCCCUGCUUGCGUUUGCGCGCUCCCGCUACAGGAAGAUGAAGGGUCGCGAGAGCGAGCGUAGACAGGCCUCGAAUAACCAGUCUGGUACUGAGAGUGGGCUACCACGUUCUCGUGAUUUCCAUAUUGAGGGGAGUCAGCGCGUUGGUGGGUGGGGUGUUGUUGAGGUUGGGGAUGAGAAGCGGAGGUUGAUCUAUGCGGAUGAUCCCGAUGGGUUGCGGCGGUUGAAGGAGAAGGAGGAGAAAGAUAAGAGUAAGGAUGGAGAUUUCAAUGUUGAUCAUGUACAGCGGUAUGAGAUGAUUGCUAAGAAGAUUUGGUGA